CCAGUUGCCAGCGCGCAGCAGCCAGCAGCCUGCAGCUUGCGCGGCUGCGGCCUGCGCCACCGUCCACCGAGCUGCGGAUUACACAACCCAAGUCAAAAAAUCACCACCCGCUCGCUGGAGCUGGACCCUGCCAGGCUGCCACGCCUCGUCCGGUCGUCCCCGUCCCCCGCCAUGCCUCUCCUCUUCCACCCCGCCGCCGCUCCCCUCGCCGUCGUGUCCCUCCUCCCGCCCCCCUGCCGCCUCCGCCUCCGCCUCCGCGUCACCCUCACCCGCGCGGGCGCGGCCGCCACGAGCACAGCCGCCACCCCGGCUCCCUCUACCGCCCCCGCGAGCACCUUCGCCGUCGAGGACUACCUCGUCGCCAGCUGCCACCUCACCCCGCCGCAGGCGCUCAAGGCAUCCAAGAACCUCGCGCACCUCAAGUCCGCCUCCAACGCGGACGCCGUGCUCGCCUUCCUCGCGGGCCUCGGGCUCUCAUCCAAGGAGGUCGCCGCCCUCGUGGCCUCCAACCCGCGCGUCCUCUGCGCGCGCAUCGACCGCUCCCUGGCGCCCAUCUCCGCGGAGCUCCGCGCGCUGGGGCUCUCCCCGUCCCAGAUCGCGCGCCUCGCGCAGAUCGGCGGCCGCUACUUCCUCUGCCGCAGCUUCGUCUCCAAGGUGCGGUUCUGGCUCCCGCUCUUCGGCUCCCCGGAGCGGCUGCUCCAGGCCAGCGACUGGAACUACUGGCUCCUCACCUCCGACCUCGAGAAGGUGGUCGAGCCCAACGUCGCCUUCCUCAAGCAGUGCGGGCUCAGCGCCGUGGAUAUCUCAAAGCUACUCGUGGCCGCGCCGCGGCUCGUCACCAUGCACCCGGAGUACGUCCAGGACGCCGUGCGGCGCGCCACGCAGCUCGGCGUCGCGCCGGGCUCCCAGAUGUUCCGCCACGCGCUCUCCACCGCGGGAUGCAUCGGCCAGGAGAAGGUCGAUGCCAAGGUCGCCGUCCUGAAAGAGACGCUGGGGUGGUCGCAGGAGGAGGUGAACCUGGCCGUCAGCAAGGCGCCGCGGAUCCUGGUCGCGUCCGAGGAGAGGCUGCGCCGGAACGCCGAGUUCCUGCUCAACGAGGUCGGGCUGCCGCCGCAGUACAUCGCGCGCCGGUCGGUGCUCCUCAUGUACAGCCUCGAGAGGCGGAUAGUGCCCCGGCAUCUCGUGCUGAAAGCUCUCAAGGACAUGGGGUUGGUUGAGCAGGACCGGUGCUUCUUCAACGUGGUGGCGCCGACCGAAGAGAAGUUCUUGGAGAAAUUCGUUGCUCCCUAUGAGGAAUCCAUCCCCGGCCUUGCUGAUGCUUAUGAGUCUGCCUGUUCGGGGAAGGUGCCAGAGGGAUUUCAACUUUGACUGGAAUAGAAGGAGAAUUUAGAGAAGGUGCCUUCCGAGUUCUUUAAAAGCUACAUUUAUUCAAAAUGUAACCAUGCUGCUAUUCUGUAAGGAAUAUCUUUGGUCGGGGUGCUUGGUUAUAACUUGGAAAUACAAAUUAACUAGGAAGGUGUUACCUAGGCAUCCAUUGACAAACAUUUCUUCAUGGGGGAUGUGGGAAGCUGGCCUAAGUUCAAGAUAUCAGAAUACAAGUAAUACAAGGAUGUUUGGAUUUUGGAUGGAAGGAAUGCUCCUUUCGUAGAGCUCCUCGUGGCUGGAGAGGUGGGCGACUUCAGUUGGACAGGCUAAUAGACUCUGUUGUAUGUAAACCCAGUCGUGAUUGAGAAAAUUUCCCUUUUUGAGAGUUUUCUCAUGGAGAUGAUUCUGAAAGAGGUAGAAGCUGUGCAGGGUAACUGCCAGAGGGAUUUCAGCAUUGACUGGAAUCACAUGGAGAGUUUGGACUUUGGAGGUCUCCACCAAUUGGCAACCUCGUUCUACUGAUGAACUAAGCAGACCAAGUAGAUUCGUGAUGGUUUGUUGUAGGUCUAUUACUGUUGGCAUCAAAGCUGAUGUUCUUAACUAUGAAAAAUGGUGGUUCCUUCUCGAGAGUCUUAGUGUUCAUGUUGGAGCAAUGUGUUUCCUUUUGCGAUCAGCUUGUUAUUAACAGAAGCUGGACAUUGUCACCCUGUAAUGUACCAAGCAUCAAAUGUGUGCCACGCAGAGGUGAUUAACAUAGAGCUUCAUCUUGUAUUCUGCUUA